ACCUUUUUCACUUCACUUGCGCCUAGUGCCAUACUUUUUACAGUUUUAUAGUUUUACAGAAGUUUUGAAAUUCUUUAAAGCUUUAAACCAUAUUAUCUGAAAAUUACGAAAUACUUAUUUAUUUAUUCUUCAUUUCAUUUCACCCAUUUAUUUUACUCCAAAUUUAGCGUCGUCUUGAGCCCUCGUGUAUAGCUGGACAGCAGUAAUAAUGUAUAGUAUUAUGCGUAAGCGCAGUGGCCAUCCCAUAAUGCUAGUAGUCCCUUUUAAACUAGUGCAUCAAUAGAAUGGUGGUCAAAUGGCGUCGUCCUUUAUCGAUGACCUUCUCGGUAAAAAAAUCGACGAAAAUGAAGUUAGUGCGAUGAAAGGAUCGUUAGAAAGUCAACUAGCGUCAUCUACAGUUACUAAUUCGACUCCACAUGAAGUAAAGCCAGUGUUUUCUCAGGCCAAGUCCACAACUUCCCAAGCCAAUGUUACAAGUCAACCGCCSAAGCAAAGCAGCCCAAUUUUAAGCCAACCGACUAACAUCCGAUCAGCGAUCGCGACUCAGAGAAUUCCUGUUUCGACGACAGUUAUACACAUAGCGCCUAGACCGACUCCUAGUACAGCUGUUCCGUUAGCGCCUAGGCCAAAUACGAUGACUGUGUUAGCUUCAGGAGCCGGUGGAAGAUAUGUUAUAAACGCCGCGGACUUGUUGAACAGGAAUGUUAACGUGAUUAAUGCUUCUCGUCUUCUUGCUCCACRUAUGGUGACGGGAGUCGCAGUGCCUGGUCAAGGGCAGGCGAUCGCUCCCCGUAUUAUACAACAAAUCCAACCUUCAUUAGCUGGAGUACCUAUGGCACAAGCCAGAGCACAAACUCCAGGAGUACAGAAAUCUACAGAUAGUAAAACUGGAAUGAUUUCACUUAGUCAAGCACCCAUUCAUUCAGUAGCAACUGCGUCGAAUACUGGCGUGACGUUUUCUACUGUACCCAGACCUAGUCUUCAAGUCCAACCCAGCGGAAACAGAAACUCUAUUCCUGGAAAUGCUGCAAUCCGAAUGCCUGCUCCAGUGCAACUUGUUGCAAACCACCAACAAGGCAGCUCACCUAUAAAAAAUUCCAAACAGGGUCUAGUAGCCAGCUCUUCCAAUCCAUCCAUCACUAGCAUAAGCUAUCAAAAUAGCACCAACACAAACACUGUAACCACAUSCACUAAAACCAUACCCAGGCCUACCACUCCUAUUGGUGCUACCCAAGUCCCCAUUGCACAGCCUCCGGCGAAUGCCAUUAAUGCUCAUUUAGAGGCAGUAAAGGAACAAGCUUCUAAACUCAAGAAUUUUUUUARCAAUUUGAUAAGGCUUGCUUCUGAAAAAUCUCCAGAAGUAGGACCGGCUGUAAAAGACUUGAUCCAAAAAGUCAUGGAAGGCAAGCUGACAGAAGAUGAAUUUGCUUCUAAGCUUCUUGAAACCCUCAGCUCUGGACCUCAACCAAAUCUUGUGGGCUUUCUCAAGAAAGCAUUGCCCAUGUUACGAGCACAAGCAGGGACACAGAUUCUCCAAGUUGCCCCUCAACAGCAGCAACAACAGCAGCAGCAACAACAGCAGCAACAACAGCAGCAACAGCCACCACAUACACAACAACAAGUACAAAUAGCAAAUUCACCUGGUCAGAAGAUACUCUACUACACUCAAUCACCACAAACUCAACAGACUAUAUCAUCUCCCCAACAAAGAAUAACUACACCUGCAAAAACACAACCACAGCAGCAAUACAGACUGCAACUAACACCUGAACAGCAACUAAUGCUUAUGCACAAGCAAUCAGUUGUAACAUUAACUCCAGCACAGCAACAGUUGUUACAGCGGCAGCAGCAGAUCAACUCACACCGGGUCCUUAUAGCAGCAUCAAGUGCAGGUUCAACCUCUGGAACACAAGUCCCAGCACGUAAUAUUUUGCUGCAGGCAGCACGGCAAGGAAGUUCUGGGAUGAAGACAGUCGUUUCACAGUCCAGACCCCAUCCAGUCGCAGCACAGGGAGCUGACAAGUCCAAGCAUAAGCCACAUGCUGGUAUUAGCAGUAGUGGGGAUGAUGAUAUAAAUGAUGUCACUUCAAUGGCUGGUGUUAAUCUCAUGGAAGAAAGUCAGAGAAUCCUUGCUAUAAACUCAGAACUACUCAGCUCUCAGACCAGAAGUUGUCGAGAUGAGCUGUUCCUGUACUCAGAACCACUCCAAAAGAAAUUAGAAUCACUAGUCAGAAAACGAGGUAUAACAGGGCUCCCUCAAGAUGUCUGUGGAUUGAUCUCACAUGCAACUCAAGAAAGACUGCGAGAUAUCUUGGAAAAGCUGUCAGUAAUAAGCUUGAAUCGGCCUGAGAAUUACARGGACGACCCAAGAUACGAGACAAUAUCCGAAACCAAAGCGCAGAUACGAGUGUUUGAACAAAUAGACGAGGUGGAAAGAAAGAAGAGAGAACAAAGAGAACGAGAAGUACUGAUGCGAGCAGCAAAGAGUCGAUCACGACAAGAAGACCCAGAACAGGCGAGACUAAAAGAAAAGGCAAAACAGCUCCAACAAGAGGAGGAAGAAAUCAUUCGCAAACGAGAAGCCAACAACACCGCCCUGGCUGCCAUUGGACCACGUAAAAAGAGAAAACUAGAUGAAGCGUUAGAAGGUUUUAACCCAAAUCAGGGUUCGUCAUCGCCAAGCGCAACAAUUAAUUCCCCUCGCGGUGGAAGACCACAGAGAACACGGCGCAUUACUUUGAAAGAUCUUGUMUUUGUACUGGAACAAGAAAGAGAAUCUUCUAAAUCCACCUUACUAUACAAGACACUCCUGAAAUGAGCCAAAGUGCACGCUUACAGAUUCCACCAAGUGCUUACCAAGUGCUAUGGUUCCGUUCGUCAAGGAAAGGAAGGAUUAUCACGCCAGCGUAUCUAAUAUUAGGCUUAGAGAAUAUACUAUAUGGCGUGGCAGAGAAGUCUUCCUAUUAGACCAAUYUCCUAUUUUUUAUCAUGGGCUUGUGAUAUAGACGUGGUAGGCAUAGACCACAGGUAACCCACUGAACAAGACUGCAGCCUCGAUCGAUUACUAUUUACAAACUAGACUGUGUGAGAUCAUGAGGAUUGUUGUCUAAUUAAUCUCCUAUUCAUUUUACKUUGUGCUGGGCACUAAUUUGAAAAUGAAUAGAAAUCAUCUUGUAGUUCAUUGGAUGACAGUUCUCUGACCGUCAGGAUUUGAGGGCGUGCCACAAUUAAACGUUACGUCAAAAUAAACUAGAAUUURGAGCGAUUUACAAAUGAACAAAA